ACCUCCACUCCCUCUUGCUGUCUCUUGCUGCAGCGCAUCUGCACUAGCAGCUGCCCCUCUCAGCACCGCCCCCUUCCGCCGCCCCGCAUCCGAACCGGCCGCCGCCCCGCAUCAGCACCGGCCCCUCUCCCAUCGGCCGCCCUCAGUCCACUUUGCCACCUUCUGCGCGCAGAUCCAGAAGGGGUGGGGCUGUUCCACAUUGGCGCCGGCGGAAGAGCCCCCUCCGAUGGCUCCGUCUCGCGCUACCCCCUCGGCGUUUCCCCCUUCGGCCUCCUCCUCUAUUGUGCCACAACCGGGCCUCCUCGCCGGCGCCGGCGCAUCACCGACAGCAGCGGGAAAAGGGGCUCGUGGGGGACGAGGGCGUGUAGGAGGUCCGCCGCCGAUGGCGACGCCGCCUCCCUUCGGAGCAGCGCCGUUCGGCCCUCACCCGCUGAAGCCGGCCCCGCACGCCGUCGCCCCUUCCGGCCGCCCUCCCCCGCCUACCUCCGGAUCUGCGAUUUCCUGCCCUCAAGCUGUCACUUCCUGCCUCCGGCGCCGGUCCGUUGCCCCUACACUUGCCCUGACGCUCCUACCUCUCCUUGGUGUGCGCCUGACUGACCUGUUGCAGAUUAUUUGGAUGAAAAUAAGCAGCUUAUUCUGGCCAUCCUGCAAAAUCAGAACUUAGAAAACUUGGCUGAAUGUGCUCACUUUGAUUUGUUCCUUCACAGGUUUCCCCCCUUGCCCAACAGUGUAUCUACCGCAUUAGUUGACCGAUCCUCAAACAAUACGCUGGCACCUUCGUCUACAGCAUCGUGCUCCCCGCCUCGAGCUAGGCACUACAACCUGCGUGCACAACGAGCUAGGCACUACAACCUGCGUGCAAAACGAGCUAAACACUCAGUCAAGGACUUGUAGGAGAAGAAAACAAAUACGGGGCAUACCUAAUGGCAGGUGAACGGGCAAGUGAUGCUUCAAGUGAUUCAACAAUACUUUCUGGGAUUUGGCGACGUGUGCGGUUGCUGUCGCAGCAUAUGCGGCCAAAAAUCAAAAUGGAACGGCCAUGGACAGCCAAAUGGUAGCGACGCCCAUGCAAUUCGAAGUGCAAGAGGCUACUAGGCGACAAUGGGUGGAAGCUAGUUUGAGGGUCCCAUGGAGAUGCUAUGAGAAUUUCCGUAUGAACAACGAGGCAUUUCAUAAGCUGCAUAACAUUUUAGUUACGAACCAUGGGCUGCAGUCUACUCAAGAGUUCCAUUCCAUAGAGGCUUUAGGCAUGUUCCUAUGGGCAUGCGGGCACGGGCAUUGCAUGAGGCAGGUCAAAGACAGACUUGGUAGGGGUUUGGGAACAAUAAGCCAGAAGUUUGGGGACGUGCUACACACGAUGAUGUCAUUUGCCGAUAUAGUGAUUAGGCCACAGGAUCCGACUUAUAGCACCGUGCAUGCAAGUUUGAGGCCGUACUCACCUUUCUUCGACGGAUGCAUAGGCGCUAUAGAUGGAACACACAUACCUGUGUGUGUCUCUCGUAAGUCACAUGAUGAUUACACCAACAGGAAAGGCUGGCCAAGCCAGAAUGUAUUAGCUGUAGUUGACUUCGACACGAGGUUCACCUUUAUUGGUGUGGGGAUGGCGGGAGCUGUGCACGACAUGGCGGUGCUAAGGCAGGGGUGGGAGGCAGAAACUUUCCCUCACCCACCACCAGGAAGGUAUUAUUUGGUGGACAAAGGGUAUGCCCAAGAACGUGGGUAUUUGGGACCGCAUCGCCAGACCAAGUACUGGAAGAAGGAGUUCAAGAAAAGGGGUCCUCAGCAUUUGGAAGAGGUGUUCAACUACCAUCAUUCGAAACUUCGAAAUGUAGCUGAAAGGUCACUUGGGGUAGCCAAAAAUAAGUGGCAAAUGUUGAAAGGAAUGCCUAAAUAUCCUAAGGACAAGCAAAAUCAUAUUAUUGUGGCAUGUUUUGCGCUGCAUAACUUUGUACAGGAUGAGAAUGCACGGUCACUGACAAUCGACUUGCCGUCGAUACCUACACCAAGUGAGUAUUCGUUUCGGUGGCUGGAGUCAACGGCGAAAGAUGAGAUGUCAACUGUCAGCAACUAUAUUACUACCGGACUUGCAGUUAUGGGGUUCAGAUGAACUUUGAGGAAGGCCGCAAUGAAGCAUUAGCACAAGGCGUAGCUUAUUUUGUUACGGAGGGGUUCAUGAAGUUGGAAUUGCCUCUCUGAUCCUUAUUUAUGCUUGGAAUUGGCUUAUAUUGCAGAAAGUACUUUCUGCUGGCAAUUUAUGGUUGAUGAUGCUAAAUAUUUAUAUGCAAAUGUUGACUGCUCAAUCAUUUUGGUGCAACUGUUGCAGUCAUAAGUAGGUGCCAAAAUUUGAGUUGUAAAAUUGAAGCAGCCCUGUAAUACACUUCAGCAUGUAAGGAAUUUGGGGCCUGUGGUUAUUUUGUUACGGAGUGUAUGUCUUGAUGCGGCGUA